AUGGAAAAUACUACUCCUUUAGAAAUCCUAAAACUAGACGGUGAACUAGGUUAAGUUUAUCAAGGAAUUUUAGAAGCUUGUAAAGAAAUUGCUGAGCAUCUCCGCUACUCAACCAGCAACAAAAUCUAAACAACAAAUGACUUUGGUGAUGUUCAACUUGAUUAAGAUGUCUAGACAGACUCCUUGAUCUUUGAGGCUCUAAAAAAUACUGGCAUGGUAUACGCAGGUUUAUCAGAAGAGAGAAGCUAUGUCACUUAACUUGAUGAUAAUGGAAAGUAUAUAGUCACCUUUGAUCCACUUGAUGGUUCUAGUAUCAUUGACACUAACUUCACUAUUGGUUCCAUCUUCGCCAUUUGGCCCAAAGGAGAUUUGAAUGAAAUGACUGGCAGAAAAAUCGUUGGAGCAGCUCUGGCACUCUAUGGCUCAAGAACUAACAUCCUUAUUUACAAUCCAGAUACGGAGUAAGUUGAUGAAGCGACUCUUUAAAAGACUGGUGAAAAUGAACUAUAAUGGGUUAUUUCACAAAAGAACAUAAGAAUCAGAACUGAUGGCAGGUACUUCUCACCGGGAAACACCAGAUCGAUAUAAUACAACAAGGGGUACAGAGAUUGCAUUUAAUUCUGGUCAAGAAAUGGGUAUAUUCUACGUUACUCAGGAGGAAUGGCUCCAGAUUGCUAUCACAUCUUUAAGAAAGGAGAGGGAGUUUUUUCUUCGGUCAGUGGAGAGCCAAAAGUGACUCCUAAAUUGAGACUUUUGUACGAAUGUGCACCUAUCAGCUAUCUUUGUGAAAAAGCUGGAGGUCUGUCAAGUGAUGGAACUUAAUCGGUCCUUGACAUUCAAGUUAAAGGUUACACCUAGAAGUGUGAUAUCAUUAUAGGUUCUAGAGAGGAAGUUGAAAGAGUUGAGAGAUUUUUACAAAAUGGAAAAUCUCAAUAAUGA